CCAAUCAUUGAUACUGUAAUAGAACUCAGAUGACGUUCCAACAUGGCUGCCGACUAUAAUAAGUUGUUACGAAGCUAGUUGACUAAAAUGUUAAAUACCAACAAAUAAUAAACACUAGAAUCCUAAUAUCAUUCAAAUGGCGCAUUUAGUUAUUGCCGCGUGUUGGGUGCAACACAAUGUUUUGUCGGACUCACAAGGUUUCAGCGUUGAUGGAAAAAUGCUUUAACGAAACAUGCUAGCACCUGAGCUCGGUCAGCUAACAAUAGCGUAGGUUCAAUACUAAUCGUGAUUUCAUUUUAUUUUAUUUUACUUUCUCCGAGUCUAACGAUGCUGGGGUUUUUAACGGCAAGACAGACUGGCCUCGAUGAGCCUCUAAGACUGAGACGUGCAGAGUCAACCAGAAGGGUCCUUGGUCUGAAAUUGAAUCCUGACAGAGAUCUAGAACGAAUCCAUGGGAAUGGCAUCAACACCAUAGACAUUGAAGCAAUAGAAGGCAGAUACUUGUUGUCCGGAGGUGCAGAUGGAGUAAUUGUCAUCUAUGACUUGGAGAACUACAGCGGCCAACAACAGUACACCUGCAAGGCGGUGUGCACAGUAGGCAGGUCUAGCCGCUAUGUCCACAAAUUCAGUGUUGAGACAGUGCAGUGGUAUCCCUACGACACAGGCAUGUUUGUCUCCAGUUCCUUUGACAAGACUAUGAAGGUCUGGGACACAGAAACUUUAAAGCCUGCUGAAGUCUUCGAGUUUGAUGGCAAUGUCUACAGCCACCACCUCUCCCCCAUUGCCAGGAAACACAGUCUCAUAGCAGUUGGCACCAAAAACCCCAAAAUCCAGUUGUGUGACAUGAAGUCUGGUUCACGGAUUCAUGUUCUUCAAGGUCACAGAGCAGAGGUCCUGUCUGUGCAGUGGUCCCCUAGAUACGAACACAUCUUGGCCACUGCCAGUGCAGACAGCAAGGUGAAGGUCUGGGAUGUACGUCGGGCUUCUGGGAGUCUCUUUACUCUGGACCAGCACAAUGGAGACAAAUCAAAAGCCUCCUCUGAGGCAGUAAACACAGCCCAUAAUGGCAGAGUAAAUGGGCUGUCCUUCACUGGUGAUGGCCUCUUCCUCCUCACUACUGGAACAGAUGACCGCAUGAGACUAUGGAAUAGUGCUACAGGCGAAAACACACUGGUCAAUUAUGGGAAGGUCUGCAAUGAGAGUCGUAAAAGGCUUCAGUUCACUGUGUCACAUGGCUGCAGCCCAGAGUUUGUGUUUGUACCGUGUGGCAGCUCGGUGGCAGUGUACGCCCUCCACACAGGAGAGCUAGUCACUAUGCUCAGGGGCCACUACAACAACGUUGACUGCUGUGAGUUCCACCCAGAUUACCAGGAGCUGUAUAGUGGAGGUAAAGACUGUAACAUCCUGGCAUGGGUUCCUGUCCUUCGUGCUCCAGACUUGGAAGAAGAGACAACCUGUACAAUUAAGAGUGCUGCUGGCCAGACUGCAGUGAACCCUGCGUUUCAGGAUGCAUGGAGCAGUGAUGAAGAUUAAAGAUUAAUGCUGAUGUUUUGCCUGUGUGGACAAACGAGUGGCGUUUGAAAAUCCAAAUGUUCUUCACAGCCUUCACAACUACCUUGCUGAAAAACGUGACAUCUAGGGACGUGUGAAGAUAAUUAGAGGUUUAGAGAAAUGACUCCAGUUUAUCAUUGCAGAACAAAGCCUUAAAAUUAAAAUGUUACGUAUAAGUGAGUUUCUACUUUGUAAACAUGCACAAUGUUUUGAAUGUGUGUUAUAUGGCAUAGUCAUCGUGUGUUUGCAUUCUUUUAUUUGAAUGGAAAGCCAACGUGGUUCUUGCCACUGCUUCUAGAAGCGUUUGGUAGAAGGUGGUUUAAGUGGUCCCGUAGAAACGCAGGCACACUUAAACAUACGUGGGGUCAGGUUUCUGUAGAUGAUCUCAAAAGUAACAGAUUCUGAUCCUUUCAGGGGGGUAACUAUGGGUCAUUCAAGCUUUUGAAUGUGCUGAGGCUGAAACUGAGAGAGGAGUGAGAGUGGAACCUAUCUUUCUGUCCCACCUCAUCUGACAGAUUUACAUACUGGCAUUGCGUAGUGUAAACACCGGGAAAUCAUUACACUGAACUGAAAGACAUAUUUCAAUUUACACUUUCAAGAAAUACUUAAUAGUCUUAUGUACACUGUUUAUUUCGGUAUUAUGCAUUUGUAACAAUAAUUAUAUCUGCAUACUGGCCGGUGCCUGUACUAAAUAAGUUUAUUGAAUUGUAUGUUUUAUCAUUUUUUAUGUUUUUUUAUGAUUUAAUCAUUGAAAUAAUGUCUUCCACAUUUAAUAAAUGUGCUGUGACAGCCA